AUGUCGACGUCUGUCAAGCGGGCCUGCGACGCCUGCCAUCGUCGAAAGGUCAAAUGCGAUGGCAUCAACCCGUGUCGCAAUUGUUCGUCCGCUCAAUUAUCGUGUACCUACCACGCCAUCCCGCAGAAGAAAGGUCCCAAGGGUUCCCGAGCCAAGGUGAUCAGCGAACUUCGAGAAACCCAACGACAAACGACCCUCUCCUCCAAAGUCGCGAACCGAUUGAAUGGUGUCAAUAGUCCGCCAUGUAGUCCAACUCUUGCGCCCACGCCGGGCCUCCUGACGAGCGAUAUGAUCAAAGAGUGCAUCGAAUUCUUCUUCGCGAACAUGUAUCCCACCCUUCCCAUCCUCCACCGCGGACGACUCGAACAGCAAGCGAUGUACGCAGAUCAGAAUACCGAUACAUACUGUCUUUUGACGUCGCUGUGUGCGUUUAUGAUGAUCCAGCCAGGAAUGGGAAUACCUGGCGAUCCUCUGGGACUUGACAGCCUCCCGGGAGCCAAUCUCGUGUCAGGGAAUCUCUUAAUGGAAGAGACGUUGAGGGUGCGAAAGAGUUACGACCAUCUCGAGUCUCCGACACUGAAUAGCAUGGUGACAAGUUUCUUCUUGUUCGGAUGCUACUUUGGUCUCGAAUUGCACAAUAAGGCUUGGUUCCAUUUGAGAGAGGCGACUACUCUCGCACAUAUCCUUGGCCUGCAGAAGGAGGAGACAUACUUACAAUUCGAUCCCAUCGAGUCAUCAAGACGGAGGAGAUUGUAUUGGUUGUUAUUUGUGACUGAGAGAGCCUACGCUCUUCAGCGACAUCGACCUCUUUCAUUACAAGCCACCAUUUCACUCCCAACACAGAACGAUGACCCAUCAGACACACAGGCUCAUACUCUGAAUGGUUUCCUUCAUCUCGUCAAUCUGUUCCGACCGUUCGAUGAAGCAUUCGUCGCACUCUGGAACAAGACUCGAAACGACUGUAACCCAGCUUACCUUGCUGCUCUUCAAAAACAAUUGACCGAUGCACUCCCGACAUAUCUCAACUCAACUGAAAACCAAACAGCAGACCUGAGGACAAGUCAGCAAUGGUUACGAACCAUGGUCUGGCAACUAAGUAUUCAGAAUGGCUGUUUGAGUUCGAACAAUGAUGAUCCAAGCAUGACCUUCCAAUAUCCCGUUGAAAUUGCACGAGAUCUCGUUUCCAUGACAUCCCAAUUCACGCAGUCUAGCAUGGAGGUUCAUGGUAUUGGAUUGAUUGAGAAAUUAUUCGAUGUCGCUUGCUCCUUGACAGAUGUUCUUUCUCUUCUUCCCCCCAAUCCCGAUCCAUUCCAACUCGGACCUCGUGACUACCUUCACGACUUCAUGACCCUCCUCUCGGUUCUUCGCAAUGGAGACAACCGCUUCUUGCCUCUCCUUCUCGCCAAGAUCAACGACGUCCUCCCACGUCUUGUCAACCCAAUGCUCCAAUCCGUUCCAGAUACCCCAGCAAACAUGUGUGCUGAUGUCGACAUCUUCGACGGCUUCGGCAACGCUGGAAUCGGAGUUGCAUCGAACUUCCCAGGCUACAACGGGAACGGCACCUCUGGUGGCGAGUUCAAGAUGGAGCCGGACAGCGACUUCAACGCCAACAAUCUGCAAGGCAUGCCUGCUUACGAUAAACGCAUCGAAGAACUUGGCUCCCCUCCAAAUGGAGACAACAGCGAUAACAGUCCCUUCACAUCUCCAGCAAUAAUGCAAAGCCCAAUGGAAUUCCCAGGUCUAAAUGACUACGGAGGCUUUCCCGACCUCAGCUCACCGCCU